UGUAUUACCUCCUUCACCUUCUGUAUCUCCUUCAAGACUUAAUCCCAAUAAUGACACUUCUCCGAAAUUACCUCCUUAUGCUGCAUCUGAACACGCUUACUCUCGAAGUUCUCCAAUAAGUGCUGAAAAACAUCAAAAAUCACAACAACAAUUGGAUAUUGCAAGUCGAAAGGAGAGUAGAGUGGAUCCGAACAUGUUGGUACCAACAUCACCUUCUCCACCUUCUUAUAGGGAGCGUUCAACUCCCACACCUGAAGAUAUUUAUACGAGAAAUUAUAUAUGA